AAAAAUAAUACUCGAGUUUGAAGAUUUCCCUUCUGGCAAGUUCUCACAUUGAUUUCAGACAGUUAUUAAUCCCACAAUGCCUUUCGAUCAUUUGGAGUGGAUGAACGAAAAGAUGUGGCAGCCCGCAAUUAGAAAUCUAAUCUACCAUAUAAUUCUCUACAGCUUAUAAUCCAGAACAUUUAAGUAUUUCUGUCUAGCAUACUAAUCUUCCAGUUUUUAGAAUCAUAUAAUGCUCUCGACUAGAUUAAGAUGACAAAUCUCAAAUCCUUCCGUGUCGCAGAAAUUGUCCAUUUUCCAUUACUAACGUUAUAAUUGAAAGAGAACUAACAUUGUUAAUCUAAUUUGUGCUCUUGCCCUCAAACGCUGAAAACCUCGUUUUAUUAAUUAUAUUACACCACACAUAAAUACAUAAUGUGAAUUUUUCAUCAACACAGCGUUCUUUAUCCCCUCAGGAUCUAAAACGGACAUCAAAACUUGUUGUUGAGAUAAUUCAUUAAAGCUUAAAACUGUUUCUCCUCCAGUAAGAUCUCUCCAAUCCUAUUUCUACCUUAUUAUGGUAAAAUGCUUGAUAUUUGAUCAUUAAGUAUGCAUAAUGUUUGAUAGGAGUUCAGUYUUAUUGCUGUGACGAAGGUGUUAGGGUCAAUAUAAGCUAUCAUUGUGGUGCAGUCUACUGCGCUCGUAAGGAACACAAACACAAAGCAAUCUCUCUUAAUUUGAAGUGGGAUUUCAAGAGCCCCAGUGGGUGGACUUCCAUCCAACGGAAAAGAAAUGAACAACUGUUUUUGUUUUGGAUCUGAAGAUUGUAAACUAGUGGCAGCAGUGAAUCGGAAAACUCGUUCAAUUUUGGAAUUCAAAACUGAUUUCUAUCACAGUGAUAAAGUGUAAAUUCACAUUUGCAAUUCAUUGAAGCGGCCUAAGGGAACAAAGAUACAAUCAUCAGUCAGGCAAUUAUAAAGCACCAUGACACCAACUGACAUUGCCCUGGCAAUAACGUUCUCUUUCCUGGUAAUGGUUGGAGUGGUUGGUAAUAUUUUGGUCAGUUUUAUCAUAGUGCGGUACCGAGAUAUGAAAUCUGCUAUGAAUUUCCUACUUUUAAACUUAGCUUUAGCCGAUCUUUUGACAGUAAUUUUCAUCAGCCCACAGUACAUCUUUAUCUAUACUUUUACCCACCCUACCGGUACUGAGGGAGAUUUYYURUGUAAGUUCAUAACAGGUGGUAAUAUAUCAUGGAUYGGUGGAGUUUCUAGCGUUUUCGCGUUGGUCUCYAUUGCRUGUGAGCGCUACUACGCAGUGAUGCAUCCGCAUAAACAAGGAAACAUAAGUCCACGAACGUUGCGYAUUACAAUCGUUACGUGUUGGGCGUUUUCCGUAGCGUUUAAUUUCCCGUUGUUUUUCGUCGUGCAUUACGAUUCUGASAGAAAAUUYUGCAUUGAAACGUGGCCAAGAAACGUUUACGCACGURUYAAUUCUACMGCUUGGUUUAUCGUAGUGGGAAUUGUACCAGUUCUAAUAAUGGUCAUAUUGUACGCACGUAUUGUAUACAACUUAUGGUUACGUAAGGAUGACGGUGCGGAACGACAUGCGGUUAAACGUGUACGCAAGAAGGUUACGAAAAUGGUCAUCAUUGUUAGCGUUAUUUACGCGAUUUGUUGGUUUCCUCAGCUCACAAUGUAUCUCCUUAGCUACAUCAGCCCUAGCAACUCGUUUGGUGACCUUACAUACGUCAUUUCUGUUGCUAUGGUAACUGUCAACUCUGCUGUUAAUCCUAUUAUCUAUAGUUUUCAAAAUGAACGAUUCAGGAAGCACCUGAAGAGACUAAUGUAUUGUGGGAAACGUCGGGUAGAGCCGAUAGAGUCAGUGAUGAACAGUACUGUUAGGCCGCCUGUGGACUUGAUUGACAGCACUAUGAAGACUAAACCAGUGGUUGACAGCUCAAAAACGUCAAACAGYCAGCUUAGAGGYAGUGCUCAAGAGAAUUCAGUGUAACUCGAUACAGCUUURUGAUGUACCGUUGAUCAUUACGAAAUGGUCAAUGCGAGACCGAUAGGAAUUAUGGGGGUUUGGUAUUCUCGUACCCAGACCUUUCUAUACCUCGAUCCAGACCAUUUUCACUUUACGACCAAGAUUUCUUGGAAUCCCCGAGUUCUAAAUGCCAAGAGCCCAUGGGCUCCUGAAAUGCCAGGGAAAUAUGUGAAAAUUUAAGUUCAUUUAUUUMUUUCUCGUUUCAUUCGWGUUUACGUUUACGUUUCAUUCGCUUGAAAUCRUAAGUAACUAUAUAAACCAAAGAACCUAAAACCAAAUGACAAGUAGAGCGCCAUUUAAUUUUUAUUUAAUAUYUAUUAAUGACAAGAACAUUAACUUGUUC